AUGUCCUUUCGUUUUAAAACGAUCGCGAUGGAACGAAUCCGCCAGCAGAUUGAUUCGAUCUUACACUUCCUAGAGCCGAACAUGGGGUUCAUCAACUGCCACAUGGUGGAUUAUCUUACGGAGCAGCAUUGGCAGCAGUACGUGCCAAAGGCGAUCAGGAGUGAACUGGAAACGUACGAAAACUAUCUGCAAGCGAAAGAAGUCUUCUGGAGUCAGUUUAAUCAAACACAAUCGUACCACAAACAUUUUCCCGGAGUGACGGAUUUCAUUACCGCAGCUAGCAGAUAUCGUUUGGGAGGUAGUGAAGUUCUGGGAACCUCGCUUUCACUGGAACAGUUUAAAGACGCACUGACGUGCUGCCGUAAGGAAACGCGGUUGAAAAUGACCGAACUGAUGAACGUAAAGAAAUGUCACGAAGUCGAGAUCGCAGCUGCCGUUGUUGCUUCCCUGUGUACGGCAAUGGCAUCGUCGAUAGCGGAAGGAACGCUGGAGGAUGUUGUAGUUAUAGAUGCUGGUGACGGAAAGGGCUACCUGUCCUCGAGGAUUGCGCUAGAGCAUGGUAUCAAGGUGUUGGGGAUUGAUUGCAACGAAGAAAAUACAAGCAACGCAGAGAAACGCCGCGAUCGUUUAAAUAAAAAGAUCCCAAAAGCCGUCAGAAAAUCGCAGCUUGAAGAAGAUGAACAUUUUAGUAGUCUAUUGAACGAAGGGAAACUCGAUACACUGUAUAAAACUACGACACAGCUAAUUGAUUUCGAUACCAAUCUGAUCGAGCUCGCUAGUAAACACUUCCCUGGAGGCCAUCGAAGCACGUUUUGUUUAUGCGGCCUACACACCUGUGGCAACUUGGGUCCGAAUUGUCUACGGCUCUUCCACCAGAACUCAACCAUCAAAGGCGUCUGCAAUGUCGGCUGCUGCUACCAUCUAAUGCAGGAGGAAUUCAUCAUCGACCAGUUCUACAAUCCGACUAAAGUGUCCGACAAUCCGGGAUACGGUUUCCCGAUGAGCUCAUACCUACGAGCGCAACGGUUUGCGUUGGGACGUAAUGCGCGCAAUUUGGCCGCUGAGUCGAUCGAAAGGGCGUGCGCAAAUCGAGAGAACCCCAGCGACAAGCUGGGCCAUCGGGCUCUGCUGCAGGUAAUAUUUGUUGAAUGUGGGGAGAAAAAGUCGCACCAGGUCGGUCGACUUAAGUCCGACGGGUUUGUGGAUUAUGUUCGAAAGUCCGUACGACGUUUGGGACUGGCGGAGCGGGUCACGAUAACGGAUGAAAGUUUGCUGGAGUUGGAGGCACGUUUUCGGGUCGAGCUGGAACAGUUGAAAGUAUUUUAUCUUAUUCGACAACAGUUUGCGCCGGUGGUUGAAACGCUCAUUUUGUUGGAUCGUUUGCUUUACCUGCGUGAAAGUGGCUAUGAACGUAGUUUUCUUGUAAAAUUAUUUGAACCGGUCGUUUCUCCUAGAUGCUAUUCACUUAUUGCAAUGAAAUAAUAAUAUCGUUAAGUUUGAAAACAAAAGACAUCAAAGUGGAUUUAUUGAUAUCACAUAUCAUCUUUUACCAAGUCCGCGUGCAGCCCUCACUCACGAGCAACUCACUGGCCGGCAAAAACGAUGAUGUCUCCAUUAAUAUCCAUCGCUGAUUGUGUCCGUCAAACUUGGGCUGUCGUGUAAUCGCCUGCGGUCGUAGCGUCCCGACG